UGCGAGUUCCAUCAGGACGACACUUGCAGUGGACACGUCAAGGCUGAUUUUGGCAGCGGCCGCAUCAGCAGACUGAGGUUGCACAAAGACCCGCCUGCACCUCUCACUGGGCAGAUGAUCAUGAAGCUGCAGCCUGAAUGUGUCGUCUUUCUUUCCGUAGGCGUAGAUGUGUGCGCAGCCUCACCCUGCGAGCAGCAGUGCACGGACAACUUUGGAAGAGUGGUCUGCACCUGUUAUCAAGGCUAUCGCUUUGAUCGGGAAAGACAUCGCAACCACAAAUCUCCUUACUGCCUGGACAUCGAUGAGUGCGAGAUCUCCGGAAGCAGAGUGUGCGAGCACGAAUGUGUCAACACAGUGGGCAGCUUCAUGUGUCGCUGCCACAGCGGUUUCAUACUUGCAGCAGACCAGCGCUCCUGCAUCUCCAUAGACAGCUUGAGCACGUCGGGGAAGUCGGACACCUUGAUGAGUGCAGGGACCUGCUCAUUGACCUGUCAAGAUUUCAUGAACAUGAAAAACAGCUUGCUCCAAAUAAAACUACGGCUGGGCAACACACAGUCGCCCAACCAGGUACCUGGUCUGGCCAACAGCAGUGAUAAAUCAUCUUUUGGACGAGCAGGAAAAAGCCCUGAUAGCCCUUGCCUUUCUGGUUUACCUGGCCCUCCAGGAGCUCCCGGUGUACCAGGUCACCCAGGAGAACCAGGAAACAGGGGACAGCCAGGGGAGAAGGGACCCCCUGGCCCUCGUGGUCCACGGGGAGAUAUGGGGCCCAUGGGUCCAGAACCUGACAUGAGGCAUAUAAAGAGGGGCCGCAGGGGGUCAGUGGGACCACCCGGGGCGCCAGGAAGAGACGGAUUAAAGGGAGACAGAGGAGCUCCUGGUCCCAGAGGUCCACCUGGACCCCCUGGCUCCUUUGACUUCCUUCUGCUAAUGAUGGCAGACAUCCGGAACGACAUCAUUGAGCUGCAGGAGAAGGUGUUCGGAGAGCGGCGGGGCAUCUCCCUGGACAAUCCUCCUCACUCCAGCGGGGAAGUGGAUUUUGGUGAGUGGAGCUCUGGACAAGGAGAGCUCCCACUCAACACCUGA